GUCACUGCAUGUGGUGUGAUUCACAAAAGGAUUACCGCUGGACAUUAUUCGAUUGGCUCACGCCGAACUGAAACAAUAGUUCACUUGUCGUGUCAUUGAACAAUUUGUCCGUUAGCUAUUGCUAUUCAAAUCUAGACAAGCUGCAAAACUAAAUUUUUACUUUUUGGUGCCUUAGCAGGGCUGAGAGAUACGUGUGGCUGGAUGAGUUAGAACUCUAGUAUUGUCUUCAAGUUUCAACUUCAUAUUUUUCAUCACUAAAACCAUAUUAGAGCCAGUCACACGCCGAGUCUUGACAACAACCCAAUCAACUUUUCUUCAAGAGUCGAAAAAGAAAUUUAAAAACAAAACUUGUGCACGCGGAACCUCUCGAAUUCUUAUUAGGUACGUAAUCUCUCUCUUUAUCCUAUUUUUACAGCAGAAUUAUUGGAGCGGAGCUGGUUUCAUCUGCUUAAUAAUUAAUUCCUUGUUUUACAGCGAUGUUUGUCCUGCGUUUGGGCAAUUGAUUGUAAAACCAUUAAGAAUAAAAAUAAAUAAUUAAAAUUCGAAGCUGGGUACCUAAUCUAUUUGUAAGUACUAACUUUGUAAUUCGUAAACUUGUGUUGCUUUGAACGCGUUUGAUGGUAAAUGACAAUAUUAUUCAUGUAAUAUCAACAUGGCUGAUGCUAAUGACACAAGUAAUAUAAUUAGUCAAGAUGACUCGCAAAAAACAUCAAAAAAUACAUCGACGAUAGAUGACAUAGAUGAUGUAGAAAGAAGUUGCUGUACUUCUUCAUCUUCCGUUUGCUCAAAUAUCCAUUCGAGUUGUACAGAUGAAUCAGCUUCCUACAAGUUUUUUAACUUUUUUUUCUACGGAGCAGUACAAACAUUCAACUCCUAUGUAUCGGUUUAUUUAAAGACGCUUGGAUUGACCGCCAGCCAUGUUGGUUUGAUUAAUGGCACACAUCCACUUCUUCAAAUCAUAGGCGCGCCUUUAGCAGGAAUUCUCGGUGAUCGGUAUAAAAUCAAACGCUUACUUUUAUUAGUCGGAUUAGUGACAAUGACUGUGCGUACAAUGCUCUAUCUGCCGUUUCAACCUAAGAAGCAAGUCUGCACUGUGGUUUAUGUGAAUAGCACUCAUCAUAAAGUCAUAUCGUCAAUGCCCAUCCAAUUGUAUGUUCUUAAACGGUCAAAAAAACAUAACUAUUUAGAAUAUGAAACGAGCUUUUUGAUCGAUAACGGCAAUAUGACCGAAGAAAUGAUGAAAACGUUAAAUAAUUUAUCAGAUUUUAGCAAACGAGUAAGGAGCAACUCUGAGCUCAAUCCAUUUCUAACACGGCCUAAUGUAAUCAUCAAAAAGACGAAAGACUAUAAGUUGGUUUACGUCAAAAUUAACGAUCAAGAUGAAAUUGAACAAAUUUUCCUUAUUCUUUUGUGCCUCACUUUGUUUGGUGAAGUUUUCGAGGCUCUUGUGUCGACAAUUGCAGACACUUGCUGCCUUGAUUACCUUGGUGAAGCGAGAGAGAGUUUUGGAAUGUUCCGUUUUUGGGGAGCGUUAGGAGCUGGCAUAACAUCUCCCAUUAGUGGAGCAAUAUUUGACUACUACGGGAAAAUUGUAUGUGGACGAACUGUUAGCGGCUAUCAUUGUAUUUUCUUUAUUUAUUUUGUUUAUUUAUGUGCAUCGUUUAUUGCUGCAACGCAUUUUCAUUAUCGCUAUGAUGGAGUGAUAUCUUCAUCAAAGGAAAAAAACAUCAAAGAAGCUUUACUUAAUUUAAAUUAUGGAAUAUUUAUAUUGGUGACAAUGUUUAUGGGACUUUGCUACGGUUUUUUAACAAGUUUUGGUUUUUGGUUUUUGGAUGAUCUUGGUGCAAAUGCCGUACUACUUGGUGUAGCUUCUUCGUUGAGAAGUGUCGCUGAAAAUAUCGUUUAUUUUGUUUCGCCUUUUGUGCUUGUUCGAAUCGGCCAUGUUUAUGUUGCUGGUGGUUGUUUAAUAGCAUUUUCUAUAGCGUGUCUGGCAUAUUCAUACCUGUUAAAUCCUUGGUUUGCCAUACCUUUGGAGGUUUUAUCAACAAGUGCUUACGCCUUCUCAUGGACAACCUGUGUCUCUUAUCUUAAUAAGGCAGCACCCCCUGGCUCUAGCACAAUAGUUCAAGGUAUUGUGCAAGCUUCAUUUUGGGGUCUUGGGUUUGGCGGUGGUUCAAUCGUCGGAGGUUUUUCAUUUCGUGUGUUUGGGGACCGUGAAACAUUUCGUGGUUUUUCUAUUGCUUCACUCGCAGUUCUCUUGUUCUUCAUCUUAGUUCAGUUAAUGAUAAAAUCAAACAAGCAAGAGGAAAGGAACUCGAGCUAUCAGACUGUUUCUGGAGAAGAUGAAGCAAUGUCAUCAAAUUAUGAAAACACUGCGUUAGAGUAAUAUUUUUUAAAAAAAAAAUACAUAAAAUAUAGAAAAACAUAAAUGGAAAUACAUUAAGGCUUAUCCAUGCAACGUCUUCGUUUACGAACUUUUCUUCUCAUUCAGAAUUGUUGAGGAAAAGAGGUUCAAAGCCUCUUGAGACGUAUUGCUGUGCUAUAUUCCUAGUUUUAAUCAAACCACAUCAACCACUACUUAUGUUUAUGAAAACUUGCUUCAAAUUAUCGAAAUGUCGUUAGCUGCAAAUGCUAUUCUAGAUUCUUCAAUUAGAAGUUUUCCCUGAAAA